CCUCCGAGUUCUCAGCAUCGUGUCGUCUCGCCGCAAAUGAAGGCGUCCAAAACAGCAUCGCCAGCGCCAGGCGACGGCGACGGCAAGAAGUCGCGGGCCAAGCACGCCUGUCGCGAGUGCAACACGCGCCGAGUUCGCUGCGACGUCAUGGAGAAGCAGCCGUGCUCCAACUGCCGAGCCGCCGGGGCGAGCUGCCAGGUGCUGCCGUCGCGCAGGGGGCGAUACCCUCGCAGGUCCCGGCGGCUGCUGCAGCAGGUGCGCAGUGAGAGCGUCACGCAGGCCUCGAGCGACACCGGCCAGUCCACGCCGCUCGACUCCGUCUCUCACGCAACUGCGGUAUCAUCUCACCAGAUGGCCUCGUCGGACACGCAGGACCAAGUGCCGGACCACCAGCCAGGCCAUCUCCCGGCUGCCUCUUCCCCGUCCUCUCCCACCCCCACGGCCACCCCCGGAACCCGCUUCUUCGGCGAGUCCAGCUUCCUCACCCUCGUUCCCGGCGAGGACGAGGGCACCUCUACCCAGUCCAACGCCCCAGGCGACAGCGGCAGAAACAGCCAAAAGCCGCGAUUCACGUUUCCCAUGCCGCCAACGCCCCAGUCAACCUCACAGACGGCCCAAGGCGGCACCCACGGCCUCAGCACCGGCCUGAUGCGCUACCUCGCCGACGAAGGCGCCCUGACGCUGCCCGACCUCGAGAGCUGCCUGCCCGCGCUGCAGGCGUACUUUGCCUGGUUCCAUCCCAGCUACCCCAUCCUCGACCGGGCGCAGAUCGCCCGCCGCCUGGCCUCGGCCACGUCCUUCUCCAGCGUCGACAUGUCGCGGAUGCUGCUGCAGGCGAUGCUCCUGAUUGGGGCGACAUACUGCGACGCGGCGACGAUCCGGGCCAUGGGCUUCCAGGACCGGUCGCAGGCCAAGACGGCGUUUUACACGCGCGCGCGGCUGCUGUUCCAUGCCGACUGGGAAAAGGACGAGACGGUGCUCAUCCAGUCGCUGUUUCUCAUGAGCUUCUGGAGGGGCGCGCCGGCGGAUGUGCGCGAUGUGCGGUAUUGGCUGGGGGUGGUGAUUACGCUUGCCGAGUCGUAUGGCUUGCAUCGCUCGUCUCGAUCCAUGUCCAAGGAUUCGUAUACAGCUUGCAUGAGACGGAGAAUAUGGUGGUCCAUUUAUGUGAGAGAACGACAGGCAUCUGCAUCUCUAGGCCUUCCCAGCAGAAUCAGAGACGAAGACUGCGACAUUGAACCUCUUACGCCGAUGGACCUGGAGUCGGAAGCAAGCCCCGUCGACUCGUCGUUUGGCUCGUGCCAACCAGAGCACGUCACAUAUGCAAUCAAGAUGGUGGAAAUUGCCAAGCUACUCGGCAGGAUCAUCGACCUCCACUUCGUCCCAGGCCACGCCUCCCUCAAAUCAACCUCCUCAGACACUGUCCACGACCUCAACGCCUCUCUCGAAGCCUGGAUGGCCAGCCUCCCCGAAGACAUGAAGUACUCUCCAGAUCACGGCACGGAUUCCGUCUGGGCGUGUCUCCUCCACCUCGCAUACAACUUCCUCCGGCUCGAAUCUACCACUCCAGGGUCCCAGGUCGUGAUCAAGGCCGCGUGCCGCAUCAGCCGCAUCGCCGAAGACAUGUCGACGCAAGGGACCCUCCGUAUCACGAGCAUCUUCUCCGCGCUCUGCAUCCACACCAUCACCAUCCGCCGCGGCUCAGGGCUCACCAGACGCCUCGCCGAACACCGCGCCGAGACGUGUCUCCUCUGCCUAAAAGAGGUGCAAAAGUACUGGCGCAUCAAUAUCAAUGUUCUGGACUUCUUCCUGCAGUAUCUAGACCGCUCCAUCGCCGCGCGAUUGCACGGCAUGCAGUCCGAUGCUCCGCCUCCUCCGAGCCGAGGAGCCGGAAGAGAAGCAAAAGCAAACGACGCGAAAUCCAAUACCGUAGUUGACGCAGUCCCUUUGGACGCUAAUUCAAGCUCCAUGUCAUAUCCUCGCGUCGAAUAUGACGCGGCAGCGGCACCAGCACUGGACCUCUCCAUUCCCAAUCUCGGGCCGGGACAUUAUCUUGCGCAGGAAGAGUUUCGAGAGCAGUACCUCGGCCUUGUUAGUCAGGGUGACGACGUGCUGGGUGAUUGGGACCUGUUACUGCAGGGCGAGGACUUUUCGCAGACAGGGAGUGGAUUCAAUGUGUUGGAAAGGUCAUU